UCCGGUGUGUGGGCGGGGCUCUGCGCUCCCGGUCCGGAUUCCCUGUGAGUGAGUGUGAGUGAGAGAGAUAGGGCUGGACAGCACUUCAGCCAUAUUCCACGCUGCUACCACCAAGCUCCGUGCGUUGGCCGAAAAAAAAGGUGGCUCCCGUGGCUGUAAAAGGAACUGGUGUUGCUGAAGGUCCCUACGAAACUCAGCAAUUUGGGAUCCCCGGAUAUUUUUCCAUCAUUCUUGUUCGCAGCCGGUGGAGCUUCAACGAUUGGUCGACGAAAGAAACUAACGAGCGAAGAGAUCUCCAUUUCUCCAAAGUGGAAAGUGGAGAUUUGUUUGGGAUUAAAGCAAAUGGGACCGGUUAGACGCUGAAUCAGAGGGAAGCGAACAUGGUGGCGACUGGAACAGACCCGAAAAAGUCUGGGCCGUAGAACAGAAAUUUAACAAAAUGUCGGAUUUAUUCUAGUUGGAGGAGUCCGGGACUUUAGCACUAAACCUCGGGUAGAUAAAUCCAUUUUUUCUUUUUUUUGUGUGUUUGCGGGAGAAGGGGGAGGAAGGAGAGAAGAGGUGGAGGAGGAAUUUGUCGGGGUGCCUUUUCUCCAAGAGAGGGAGCGGUGACUUGUAUUCAAGGAAAAUGUCAGCGAAGGUGAGGCUGAAGAGGCUGGAACAGCUGCUGCUGGACGGCCACCAGAAGGGCGAAAGUUUCCUGAGUGUGGAAACGCUUCUGGAUAUCCUGAUCUGUCUUUAUAACGAGUGCAGCAACUCGCCCCUUCGGAGGGAGAAGAACGUCUCUGAAUUUCUGGAAUGGGUGAAGCCGUUUACCACCACUGUGAAGGAUAUGCGGCUGCACCGGGAUGACUUCGAGAUGCUCAAGGUGAUUGGCAGAGGGGCAUUCGGAGAGGUUGCCGUGGUGAAGAUGAAGCAGACAGAGAGGGUCUACGCCAUGAAGAUCCUGAACAAGUGGGACAUGCUGAAGAGAGCCGAGACGGCUUGUUUCCGUGAGGAGAGGAACGUGCUGGUUCAUGGAGACUGUCAGUGGAUCACAACGCUACACUAUGCCUUCCAGGACGACAACUACCUGUAUCUGGUGAUGGAUUAUUACGUGGGCGGAGACCUGCUGACUCUGCUUAGCAAGUUUGAGGACCGUCUUCCGGAGGACAUGGCGAGGUUCUACGUGGCCGAGAUGGUCCUCGCCAUCCACUCCAUCCAUCAGCUCCAUUACGUGCAUCGGGACAUAAAACCGGACAACGUGCUGCUGGACAUGAACGGCCAUAUCAGGUUGGCAGAUUUCGGCUCGUGCCUGAAGAUGAUGGACGAUGGGACGGUGCAGUCUUCAGUUGCGGUCGGCACGCCGGAUUACAUCUCCCCAGAGAUCCUGCAGGCCAUGGAGGACGGCAUGGGGAAGUACGGGCCCGAGUGCGACUGGUGGUCGCUGGGGGUCUGCAUGUACGAGAUGCUGUAUGGCGAGACGCCCUUCUAUGCAGAGUCGCUGGUGGAGACCUAUGGCAAGAUCAUGAACCACGAAGAACGCUUCCAAUUCCCGUCCCACAUCACGGACGUGUCGGAAGAUGCCAAGGACCUGAUCCAGCGGCUCAUCUGCAGCCGGGAGCGACGCAUGGGCCAGAGCGGCAUCGAGGACUUCAAAUGCCACCCGUUCUUCAGGGGCGUGGAUUGGGAGCACAUCCGCCACACGGAAGCGCCGUACAUCCCCGACGUCAGCUCACCCUCCGACACCUCCAACUUCGACGUGGACGACGACGUGCUGAAGAACCCGGACGUGGUUCCCCCGAUGUCCCACACGGGGUUUUCCGGCCAGCACCUCCCUUUUGUGGGCUUCACCUACACCACAGAGAGCUCCUUCUCCGACUGCGGCAGCAUGCAGAGGGCGAUGACGGCGGCCAGCCCGGAGGGGGAGGUCCAGCGAGACGCGGACGGCGGCCUGCAAGUGGAGGCCUUCGAGCGGCGCAUCAAGCGGCUGGAGCAGGAGAAGCUGGAGCUGAACCGCAAGCUGCAGGAAUCCACUCAGGCCGUGCAGUCGCUCCAUGGGUCAUCUCGCGGGGUCGGCACGCUCGGUAGAGACAAGGAGAUUAAGAAGCUGAACGAGGAGGUCGAACGGCUGAAGAAGAAGUUGGCAGACUCUGAUCGACUGGAGCACCAGCUUGAGGAGGCAGUGACCCUCCGACAGGACUAUGAAACAUCUUCCACCAAGCUGAAGACUCUGGAAAAGCAGGUGAAAGCCCUGCGACAAGAGAGGGAGGAGACCCAGAAGCAACUGGCCGACUCCCUAGAGCGACUGAAGUCGCAGACCAAGGAGCUGAAGGAGGUGCACCAGCAGCGGAAGCUGGCCCUGCAGGAGUCGCAGGAGCUGAGCGAGCGCGUCAGCGAGCUGCGCUCCCAGAAGCAGCGGCUCUCCCGCCAGCUGCGCGAUAAAGAGGAGGAGAUGGAGUCGCUCCUACAGAAGAUGGACGGCAUGCGGCAGGAGAUCCGCCGGACAGAAAAGGCCCGCAAGGAGCUGGAGGCCCAGCUGGACGACAGCAAGGCCGAGGCAUCGAAGGAGCGGAAGCUGCGUGAGCACAGCGAGACGUACUGCAAGCAGCUGGAGGGCGAGCUGCAGGCACUCAAGGUGAAGCAGGGCAGCGGUCGGGCCAGCGUCCUCAGCCCGGAGAGCCAGCAGGAUCUGUCCAAGGUGCGGGUGGAGCUGGACCGGAAGGCGGUGUUGUAUGAGGAGGAGCUGGGCCGGCGCGAGGCCACCCAUACCGCCGAGCUGAAGAGUUUGCGCAAAGAGCUACGCGACUCAGAGAGCCAGCAGCUGGCGCUGCAGAAGGAGGUGCUGCAGCUGAAGGACAAGCUGGAGAAGGACAAGCGUGAGCGGCAGAGCGAGAUGGACGAGGCGAUGGGGACUCUGAAGGAGAAGUACGAGCGCGAGAGGACCAUGCUGGGAGAGGAUAACCGCAAGCUGAUUGCAGAGACCGACCGGCUGUGCACAUUCGUGGACAAACUGACGGCCCAGAACCGGCAGCUGGAGGAUGAGCUCCAGGAUCUGGCUGCCAAGAAAGAGAGCGUGGCCCACUGGGAGGCACAGAUAGCGGAGAUCAUCCAGUGGGUUAGUGACGAGAAGGACGCUCGUGGUUACCUGCAAGCCCUGGCUUCCAAGAUGACGGAGGAGCUCGAAUCGCUGCGCAGCUCCAACCUGGGCGUCCGACCCAUGGACCCCCUUUGGAAAGUACGGCGCAGUCAGAAGCUGGAUAUGUCAGCUCGCCUCGAGCUGCAGUCGGCACUGGAUGCCGAAAUCCGGGCCAAGCAGCUGGUCCAGGAAGACCUACGAAAGGUCAAGUCUGCCAACAUCUCCUUGGAAAGCAAACUGAAGGAUGCAGAAUCCAAGAACCGGGAGAUGGCUGACCAGUUGGAGACUGUGAAGAAGGACCUGGAGGACAGCCGGUCCCGGUCCGACAAAGGUUUAAAACUUCCACACUUCCAGGACUCCAUCUUUGAGUACUUCAACACCUCCUCGCUUGGCCGUGACCUGACGUUCAGAACCAGCUCCAUCACUGAGCUCGAUUCGGUGCCCCAGAAGGCCGACGUCCCUCCCUCCCCCACGCCAGCUACAGAGCAGGACGAGCCAGACAAGCCCGCCCCUGCUGCCCCGGUGGUCACCCCCUCUGUGUACCAGUCCUCAGCCUUGACCUCCCCAAAGCCCAAAGCUCACCAGCUGAGCAUCAAGACCUUCUCCAGCCCCACCCAGUGUACUCACUGCAGCUCCCUGAUGGUGGGUCUCAUUCGCCAGGGCUACGCCUGUGAAGUUUGCUCCUUCAUCUGUCACGUCUCGUGCAAGGACCAUGCCCCCCAGGUCUGCCCCAUCCCCCCGGAGCAGGCCAAGCGGCCCCUGGGCAUUGACGUGCAGCGGGGCAUUGGGACGGCCUACAAGGGCUUUGUCAGGAUCCCCAAACCUACAGGGGUGAAAAAGGGCUGGCAGCGGGCCUACGCCGUGGUGUGCGACUGCAAGCUCUUCCUGUACGACGUCCCUGAGGGCAAGUCCACCCAGCCGGGCAUGGCGGCCAGCCAGGUGCUGGACCUCAGAGAUGAGGAGUUUUCUGUGAGUUCCGUCUUGGCGUCAGACGUGAUCCAUGCCACUCGAAAAGACGUCCCCUGUAUAUUCCGGGUGACGUCGUCGUUGUUGAGCUCGCCGCAGCGCACGGCUUCACUGCUGGUGCUGGCGGAGAGCGAGACGGAGAAGAGGAAGUGGGUGGGGAUCCUGGAGGGCCUUCAGACCAUCCUGAGCAAGAACAAGCUGAGGAACCGUGCCGUGCACGUGGCCCACGAGGCCUACGACAGCAGCCUGCCCGCCAUCAAGACCACCCUGUCCGCCAGCAUCGUGGACCGUGAGCGCAUUGCCCUGGGCACAGAGGAGGGCCUCUAUGUCGUGGAGGUUACCAGAGAUGUGAUUGUUCGGGCAGCCGACUGCAAGAAGGUCCACCAGAUCGAGCUGAUUCCCAAGGAGAAGAUGGUAAUCUUGCUGUGUGGCCGCAAUCGACACGUGCACCUCUACUCCUGGGCCGUGCUGGAGGGUGCCGAGUGCAGCUUGGACCUGAAGCUGCCGGAGACCAAAGGCUGCCAGGCGCUGACCACGUGCACCCUACGACCCGGGGGGCCUGCCUGCCUGCUGGCUGCCAUCAAGCGGCAAGUGGUGUGCUAUGAGGUGGCACGCGCCAAGCAGCAAUGCCGCAAGCUGUGGGAAGUGCAGGCGCCGGGCCCGGUGCAGUGGCUGGGCAUCUUGCGCGAGCGACUGUGUAUGGGCUACGCAUCCGGCUUUGCCCUUCUCAGCCUGCAGGGGGAGUCGUCGCCCGUCAGCCUGGUGGGCCCCACCGACCCGUCGCUGUCCUUCCUCAGCCAGCAGCCUCUGGACGCCCUGCACGCGGCCGAGGUUGGCACAAAUGAGUUCCUGCUCUGCUUCAGCGAGCUGGGCAUCUACGUGGACCUGCAGGGGCGCCGCUCCCGCGUCCAGGAGCUCAUGUGGCCGGCUACACCAAUCGCCUGCAGCUCAAAUCUGUCCUACCUGACGGUCUACAGCGACUAUGGCGUCGACGUCUUCGACGUCAACACCAUGGAAUGGGUCCAAACCAUAUCUUUAAGAAAGGUUCGCCCCCUCAACGUGGAGGGCAGCUUAAAUCUGCUGGCCUCUGAGCAACCUCGCCUUGUGUACUUCAGUAACAGCUCAACAGAGGCCUCAGACCUGGCCGUACCCGAGACGUUCGACAACAGCAGGAAGCUGAUGGUGAGGACGCGCAGCAAGAGGAAGUUCCUGUUCAAAGUACCUGAAGAGGAGAGACUUCAGCAGAGGAGGGAGAUGCUUAGAGACCCAGAGCUGCGGUCCAAGAUGAUCUCCAACCCCACCAACUUCAACCACGUGGCCCACAUGGGCCCUGGAGACGGCAUGCAGGUUCUGAUGGACCUGCCGCUGCAGAGUGAGAUCCCCUCCCCUUCAUCCUCUCGACACCAUGCCCUGAUAUCUCCUCCAACCAACUUUGAGCACGUCUAUCACAUGAGCCCUAUCUCUGCCGAAAUCUAUCUCCAGAAAGAGCCUUCCUCACUGCACGGCCUGUCCCAGCUCUCCUCCUCUUCUUCCUCUCCUUCCACCUCCUCCUUAGGAAGGAGUGUUGUUCCAACCUCCCAGGAGGAUUCUGGGAAGGACAGAGUGCGUCCUGCCUCCAGCAUCUCUCGCUCACAGAAGAAUAAGACUUAUACGCGAACCGCCUCAGGGGCCGGGGACUUCAGUGGUGCUGGGUUGUCCCGCCACAUCUCAGACCCUGACCAGGAGUUUGAAAGAGAGCCUGACUCGGACUCCACCAAGCACUCAACCCCUUCCAACAGCUCCAACCCCAGCAGCCCCCCAAGCCCCAACUCACCCCACCGCAGUCAGCUCACUCUGGACGGGCUUGACCACACCACCUUCGACGCCUGAUGCCGCCUCCCUGUCAUCUCCCCAUAUUCAACUUCUGUUGCUUCAAAGUGCCAAGAAUAGAUCCUCUGUUCUCUUGCUCUCUCGACUUUCAGAGCCUCUCCAGCCCAGUUUAAUUUCACGUUCCCUAGCUCCUUACUCAAGAUGGUUACUCGAUGUUAAAUCUUGCCCCUCCCCCUCUGCAAAUCAAUCCCAACCAAAAAUUGGUGGCAAUUUUUUCCCCCCCAUUUUUUUUCUUUCUGUCCAGAAAACAAACUUAAAAGAGAGCCUGAAGUCUUUUCAUGUAAAAACAAAAUGCUUAUUUUUUUUAUGUCACUCUGUGAAAAGGAUGUUGUUAAUGUGGGACAUUAAUUCCCCAUAAAGGGCCUGGGUGAUUUCAGAUCCAACAGCUCCAGCUCACUGUGUUGAAACGUCGCGGAUGAUUUGAGCCAGGAUUGUCCUUGGUCUGUAUGUGAAAUGGCGCCCUCUGUUGGUACAUAGGGCAUAUAUCAGCUUCAGGGUAAAAUGUCCAUUCUGUCAAUAGAUUAUUACAGAUAUUUUUUACCCACAAGAUUUUUUUUUAUUUGAUAGAUUUAAUAUCGCUGAGAAGAUGGAGAUUUAUGUGGGGAUCUUUUGAGGGGGGCAAAAUAAAAUACUAAAGAUGACACUAAUGUUCAAGAUACCCUUAUCACAGAUGUUUGUAUUUCAGAAAAAGGAAAAGAAAGGCUUUUUUAAUGUACAGUAUAUGUAUGAAUAUGUUAAAAGAGCAUUACAUGGCUAGAAGGGAGAUGAGCUUUUCUCAGGAGCUGGGAGUUGGUGUCUGAUGCGUGGCGUCCCGCCUUUGAUUGGACGGGGGCAGGCUGAUGCAGGGUACAUGCAUGGUGGCCACGUGUCACGGUUGAGGUAAUGCGGCUGCUGUGGGCUCCCCUUUGACCAAGUCUGUAAGUGAAGCUUUUUAGUGUUUUAUGACUCGAGCCCUGACCUCUGCAGCAGUUCUACUUGUAGGUGAAACACUGCAUAUUAACUGACAGAUGAAAAUGGCUGUUAAAAACAAAUGAAAUCUAGCGGUGAUGUCAGAAUAUAGACAGGAGUUCUCAUAGGAAUUGCUACAGUUCUUAUUACUGCUGCUUAUUUUAAUUGAAAUGUAAAGAAAUGCAUGAACAUCCCACUCACCGAAACCCUCGGCUCCACUCUUGUUGUAUUAGUCACUUAGGAACAGUGUUGAACAUAAAUGCUAGCUCCUGUCCUCAUUGCCGCCAGUUAUUCCGCCUGUCCACCAGGUGGUGCUGUUUUGUGUAUAUUUUAAUCAGUGUAUUAUAAAUUUGAAUCCAGAUGUUUGUGAGUACGGACAUGUAAUUAAAGGCCAUGGUUGGCAUAUCAAGUUUGUCACUCUAGUGUGCCUUCAGUGCCAUUUUAUAAGACUGUAUGACAUCAGUUCUAUACUUGCAUAUAUCUUAACAUUACGGGCUAAUAGUGACACUGCAAAUUGUGGUGUUUUUUUUCUGUUUCAGAAACACUGUAUCAAACUUGCACAUUUCUUUUAGUUUAAGAAAACCUUGAUUUUAUGUAAACUUAAUACCCAUCACUGUAAUCUGCCCAGGUUUUAUUUCCCCCCUCUCUCUGUUCAGUCUCUGAAAAUGACUCCAUUUGUUAAAAUACUACUGCUUUUUUAAAAUCACGUUGAAACCUUUGUAAUUAUUGAGUUGUGAUCAAGUAUUUGAGCAGGCAAUAAAAAAAGAGGGAGGUACCUAACCCA